UGCACUUCAAAUCAUCCAAACGUCUUUUGCGCUUCAGGGCAGGUGAAUGAUACGCACACGACAAUCUCUCUCACACACGGGAUCUUUAAACACGGAUUAGUCUGGAAAACCUCAUCGGUUUAAUCCGCGGGCAUAUGCUGAUCUGACUGCGUUUGGAUUCGCAGCCGAUGCAUGAUGGCCAAAUGCUAGCCGCUGUCUCUGGCUCAACCGCUUGUGUUCAGCCUUGCGUCUUAUUUGGAUGAGCAGGGCACAAGAGAAUCCCAUCUGAGCUGAAGGUUGACAUGGGAGAUUGGUGGACUCCAACAAUGAUGCCAGAUCCAUCUCUCGACACCAAAGAGCUUUCCAGUAUUUCAGGGAUCAGCAUGUCUCCCUCCAGGCAAAACUUGCACCACUCGCUGCAUUCCACCAUGGCUCUACCCAAAAACUCUUACAGUGUGUUAAGUGCAUUCUGCACUGAGGAGAACGUAUCACAGUGCAUCGCAUAUGUCAAUCAGGAGGUGUGUUCGCUAGGUUUGACUGGAGUGAGUUUAGAGUCUAAAUCAGGCUCUUUGAGCGCUGUGCCAGUUUUGAACCUGCUUUAUGAAGUACUGCAGCUGCAGAGAAGAGCUCAGCGUGCCCUAAAUGACCUGGAGACCCAGCAGCUGAAGAGCGGCAGUGAUCUUGAGCAUCUGCAGCACAGCAACUGUAGACUCAAAGAUCAGCUGGAGCACACCAGAAGAGAGAACUCAGGCCUGCAUGAGGGUGAGCGACAGCUACAGCUGAAGAUCAAAACUUUACAGAACUGCCUCAAGUCUGAGAAAGAGGAAGUACAGAAGCUGCAGAGCAUCAUCUCCAGUCGUGCCACGCAGUACAACCACGACACCAAACGGAAAGAGAGAGAGUGCACCAAACUAAAGGAACGCCUUAACCAGCUGCUCAUGGACAAGAGAGACAAGAAACUCUCCAUUGAAAUGUCAAACUAUUUGGGAAGGUCAGAUGGCAAGAGAGGCCUUUGGAAGACAGGAAAGAUGGAGGCCAGACAUGAGGGUGAGAUGUACAGGGCUCUGCUGAGUGAUUAUGAGACGCGUCAGAGGACGCUGAUGCUGGAGAACUCGGAGCUUAAAAAAGUGUUGCAGCACAUGAAGAAGGACAUGAUCGCCAUUCUGAGUCCAAAGAAACACUGCAUCAAAACAGAGCCAGCAGAUGAUAGCCUAGAGCAGGCUGGCUCUGAGGGUGAGGAGGAGAUCGGUGAGUCCAGCAGAGAGACGCUGGAGCAGUCGUGUGAACAGGCCCGCGAGCAGCUCACCAACAGCAUCCGACUGCAGUGGAGGAAGCUCAAGAGCCACAUGGAGAGACUCGACAGCCAAGCGUCACUGGUGGCGUGUCAGGAGCGUGAGGCAGAGGAGAUGAUGUCCAGAAAGGAGCAUGAGGAGGAGAUGCAACGGAUGAGAAUGGAGUUACAGCAGUGUAAAGAGUUCAUCCACAUGCAGCAGCAGCUUCUUCAGCAGCAGCUGAGCUCACCGUGUGAUGAGGAGACGGCAGCUCUGCUGAACGACUGCUACACGCUGGAGGAGAAAGAGCGGCUCAAAGAGGAGUGGAGACUCUUCAAUGAGCAGAAGAGGAACUUUGAGCGAGAGAGGAAGAAUUUUACGGAAGCUGCUAUUCGUCUGGGACAUGAGAGGAAAAUGUUUGAGGAGGAUCGAGCUGCAUGGCUGAAGACCCAGUUUUUGAACAUGACUCCAUUUGUAGACCGUAAAAGACCUGCAUUGUCUGAACCUCACAGUGCAUUAUCAGUCAGUACAGAACCCGAGGCCAAACUGCAGUCUACUCCGCCGCUCGUGACCAAGUCCCAGUCCUACUCUGUGUUCUCCACCCCUAAAGCUGCCCCGGUGAAGAUGCCCUCCACUGCUGACCUCUACCGCUCGCUACACCUUAUCCCAGAGAGCAGGGGCCACGGGAAAUGUCCGAGUGGCGAGACGCUGACAAAGUCACGGUUGCGUAAUUGUUCUACAGACUGCAGCGUCAUCUCGUUGGUCAGAGACGAGAACAGCCCCAUCUGAUGGUAUGUCAGUAUUACACUGAUCAAACACUACAGAAGAGACACUCCAUUGUUCAAGCUGUCGUAAUUGUAAGCUUUACAGGAGUCUUCCGUUCAUCCCCGUCACAGCAUGACCAACCACCUGCUCCUUUACCUCUGAUUUGCUGUGUGGUCCCUUUAGGGAUUUAGGGUUGAAUAAAACAGAUGGUGUAUUUAGCUGGAUCAAAUUGAUCUCGGAGACAAUCCUUUGCAUUUGCCACCUUUGAAUCUCAUAUGUAAAGUGGCCAAUGUGCAUUGUGUAGUAAUAAUGAGGAUAAUUUAAAAGUAUGUUGUGAGUCAAAUUGUGUGAUGUUUGUGUGAGCUGUAAAUGUUACAGUAACUCAUUAAGCACUUUUAAGAGGAGAGAUGUUAAAUGUAGUUUUUAAAUAUACUAAUAUAAUUUGAUAUUUUGAUUUGCCAUUAUUAUAUUGCAGAAACUGACUUCUCUUGGGCUACGUUUCACAUAUAGUUUUGUACUUUUAUUAUAAUUUAGUGAUGCUAAGUACUAUGUCUUUUUUUAA